CCCGGGCUCCCUGGGCGGGGGCUCUGUGGCGCGUCCCGGGCCCCGGGUUGCGCCGCUGCCCGCCGCUCUCGGGCGGGCGAGAGGUCGCCGACUCAGUGCUGCGGCGUAAACCCGACCCCGCGCGGAGCCGAGCGAGGCGGGCGGCGACCGGGCCCCACCAUGGCCGCGAACUAUUCUAGUACGAGUAACAAGAAAGAGCACGUCAGAAUCACAAACAAGCCCCAGCCAGGCUUCUUGGAGCGGCUGAGCGAGACCUCGGGUGGGAUGUUUGUGGGGCUCAUGACCUUCCUGGUCUCCUUCUACUUAAUCUUCACCAAUGAGGGCCGCGCGUUGAAGACGGCGACCUCGCUGGCCGAGGGGCUCUCGCUGGUGGUGUCUCCCAGCAGCAUCCACAGCGUGGCUCCGGAGAAUGAGGGGAGGCUGGUGCACAUCAUCGGGGCCCUGCGGACGUCCAAGCUCCUGUCUGAUCCUAACUACGGGGUCCACCUCCCGGCCGUGAAGCUGCGGCGGCAUGUGGAGAUGUAUCAGUGGGUGGAGACAGAGGAGUCCAGGGAGUACACGGAGGACGGGCAGGUGAAGACGGAGAGGAAGUACUCCUACAACACAGAAUGGAGGUCGGAGAUCGUCAACAGCAGAAACUUUGACCGAGAGAUUGGCCACAAAAACCCCAGCGCGAUGGCCGUGGAGUCGUUCACCGCAACAGCUCCCUUCGUCCAGAUCGGCAGGUUUUUCCUCUCGGCGGGGCUCAUCGACAAAGUGGACAACUUCAAGACGCUGAGCCUGUCUAAGCUGGAGGACCCGCAUGUGGACAUCAUUCGCCGGGGGGACUAUUUCUACCACAGUGAAAACCCCAAGUACCCCGAGGUUGGGGAUCUGCGCGUCUCCUUCUCCUACGCGGGGCUGAGCAGCGACGACCCCAACCUGGGCCCGGCUCACGUGGUCACCGUGAUUGCCCGGCAGCGAGGCGACCAGCUGGUCCCCUACGCCACCAAGUCGGGGGACACCCUGCUUCUCCUGCACCACGGGGACUUCUCGGCAGAGGAGGUGUUUCGUCGGGAACAGAAGAGCAACUCGCUGAAGACGUGGGGCCUGCGGGCGGCCGGCUGGGUGGCCAUGUUCAUGGGCCUCAACCUCAUGACACGGAUCCUCUACACGCUGGUGGACUGGUUCCCCAUCUUCCGAGACCUGGUCAACAUCGGCCUGAAGGCCUUCGCCUUCUGCGUGGCCACCUCACUGACCUUGCUGACCGUGGCCGCCGGCUGGCUCUUCUACCGGCCCCUGUGGGCGCUCGGCAUCGCUGGCCUGGCCCUGGUGCCCAUCAUCGUUGCUCGGACUCGGGUGCCGGCCAAGAAGCUGGAGUGAGCGGGUGCAGCGCCCGCAGACACCCCCGCGCCUCAGACCCAGGCCGCCCUCCCCUGAGCCGCCUGGGUCUUGGAUUCCACACGCGCCCCGCCCCAGCCACACACACGGGCGGCGGGUUGGUGUCCGUCAGUUAGCCCCUCACGCCCCUUCUUGCCGCGGGCAGCUUUGCUGGCAGGAGGCAGCUCCCGUCUGGCAGCGUGGCCUCCGCCCUCCGCUUGUCUCCUUUUCUCUCUGGGCACCGCGUGGCCGCCUGUAUCUCUUAGCUGAUGUCUGUAGAGGUGGUGGCGCUCAGACCAGAGACGGUGCCAGGACCCGCCACUGCCACACCAGGGUCCAGGACAGGGUGGCCUGGGCACCACAAACCUGCUCUGCGUGACUCAGCUCGGUGCUCAGAGGGCCACGGGGUGUCUCGAUGAGUGUGGACGUCUGUCCGGCUUCGCACGCAUGUUGCAGUUUGGCAGAAUCCUUUUGGUGUGCAGGACCUUCCGAAGGUCUGGUUACUUAAUGUUUCUUAUCGCUUCGUGUCUCUGCAUGAAACUCCCUGACAAGGGGAUUGUUUGGGGGGUUGUUAAGUGGGGGUUGUUUGAAAUAAGACUUAAAAAACAAAACCCCUCCUGAAUGAUUCAUAUCUCAGACUGUUACACGAAAGCCCUCUGUGACCUGUCUGUUGAAGUCAGUUCAGAGCAUGGAAGGUUCGGUGGGGCUGUGACUUACCUGGUUGAGGAAGUUACCCGUCCGUAUUCUGGGCCCCUGGGAAGGUUUUCAAAGCUUCAGGUGCUUUGAAACCAGUGUUAGCAGAAGGCUUGUUUUCCCUCAGAGAGGAGACGGGUGUCUCUGCGUCUGAGAGAAAAGCAUUUCCUUUCUUCUCUGGCCUCAAAACGCACUGUUUUCUUGAAGGUGAUUUUGCAUUAUUCAGCUAUCCCAAGUGUGCUCCUUCAUGGAGACCCCUUGCACGCGCGCACACACACAGAUCGACCACAGUCGGGCAUCAGAGGCUGCGUGUUGGGAAGCUCUCACCCGGCUCUGCUCACCACAUGCUUUGCCGUUAGCACCCGGCCCCAAGUGGCUGCUCCGGGGGCCUUAUGUGCUCAGUGACCACAGCUUCAUUCCUAACUCAAAUCCACCCACACUUAGUUCACAGUUUCUAAGUUUCCUAACUGCUUUCACACCCUUCGAAAGAUAAGUAUGUCGAUGUCUUAAGAGAUGGUACAUCCUUUGACUAUUGGAACUUGGUAUGCCUUGCUGGGGAGAAGGCGAUGGCACCCCACUCCAGUACUCUUGCCUGGAAAAUCCCAUGGAUGGAGGAGCCUGGUGGGCUGCAGUCCAUGGGGUUGCUAAGAGUCGGACAUGACUGAGCGACUUCACUUUUCACUUUCAUGCAUUGGAGAAGGAAACGGCAACCCACUCCGGUGUUCUUGCCUGGAGAAUCCCAGGGACGGGGGAGCCUGGUGGGCUGCUGUCUGUGGGGUCGCACAGAGUCGGACACGACUGAAGCGACUUAGCAGCAGCAGCAGCAGCAUGCCUUGCUGGGGUGGCUGCUUUAGUGAGUAAUCUCUCUCAGUGUGCUGGGGGACUUGUGGUGUAAACUGAGCUUUUUCAUGUACAAAACAGCCAGCCCCAGGGAUGCUAUCUGGGUUUAAGGACUGAAAUCGUGUUCACUACUGCCUGUUAAAUCAAUGGUUUCUUUUAUCAACUCCUAAAGGUGCAUCUGGAAAGCACAGCGACAACAUGAUGGCCAGAUACAAAAUCCUUGACAUUCGUGUAACUUUUUUCUAGUACAGAUUUUAAAUUACUGCCAAUUUCAAGUGUUCUUAAAGAACAAAAGAAUGGUAAUAAAUAUUUCAAGCAUGUGGAAAAUCAUAAUGAAACUUGUAUUCUUUGUAUUUUUGAUAAAAAUUCAAAAUAAACUUCUAAAUAUCUUUUGAUACAGAA